AUGGCUAAAACGGAGGACAGUGGCUUCUAUACAGGAUCAUUACUUACGUUGAAUGCCAACUCAUCCGAUGAAUAUGUUAAGGGUAUUUAUGACGAAUGGGCUGAAAAAUAUGACAAGGUACUGCCGCUGUCCUCAUUUCAGAAACUAUAAGGGCAAUGGGUACAAGCUCUUGGCGUAGCGAUUUCUAGGGUCGUUUGUGUGGGCAAGCGUUAAUUACUUAUGAUUGGUUAAUGGUUGCCUUGAAUACCAUCGACCAAUCAUAAGUAACGCUUGUCCAGCCAAACAAUCUCGAAAGUUACUACUCCCAAAGUUUGUAAUAAUUCUCCCUACGUAUAGCCUGUUCCAGGCUCAGAGAUAGUCGGGUCCGUUGAAUUGAGGAAGCGCGAACACGAAAAUAUAACCUUAACGCCGACUAUUCGCGCGCAUUCCCCACUAUCUGAGAGCGUGGAACAGGCAAUUCUCCCAAGAGUCUGAAGUGGGGAAUUAACCACUGCUUUGAGAUCUCCGACAGUAACAAAAACAUCUCAUUUUGUCAAGAUGUAAAACUUUUGAAAGCAGUUUAAGUGAAGUACCUAAGCGAGUGGCGAUUGUGCAUGCGUCCUCAGUAUUCCCCACGGUUUCUCUUUCUGUAUAUUUUGUUUACUUCGUUCCUCUAUUUUGAAUUGUUUUUGUUUUCAAUACACACGUGCAUUCAAGUGCACGGGCUAAUUUGAUCAACUAGAAUAGAGAAAUAAUGAAUGAUUACAGUGUGCUUAUGCCUUAGUCAAUUCCAAGCAUACAUAUCAAUAUUUAAUAAUGUUAAUAUUUAUUGAUUUGUAUUGCGCAAAUAUCAAUCCAGGGAAAGGAAUUUUCAUCUGCGGAUAACAUUGACUCAACAAAAUCCUAAAAUCCUAGUACAUAUUUGAAAAGUUUUAUUUACAGAUCGUUCCUGAAAAUUAGUAAAAAUAACAAUUUAAAUAUAGAAAUUAAUCUUUAAAAUCCUAUAUACAAAUCCUUCUUAAUAAAGAGAAUAAAAACAAUAAAUUAGGUGGGAAACGCCUUCUGAAAUAAAUGAGUUUUAAGAGCCUUCUUGAAAGCAUUAACUGAAGAUAUAUUUCUAAUAAAAAGGGGAAGAGCGUUCCAUAAUUUAGGGGCAGCCAUAUAAAAAGAUCGAUCACCAAGCGUGGAAAGAGACAUAUCCACUUCAACCCAACCCCCCGGGUAGUUGUUAAGUCUUGUGUUCUCACUGUGAGGCAUUUGGCAUCAAAGGGGUACCCGGGGAUGGGCAACAUGUCAAGAUUUGACAAUUUCUCUUCAAAUUCUUCGCAAAGCUUCCCAAACUGGCUUCCACGGCCUUUUUGGCCUUUUCACGCGUUUUUGCAAAAUCCGCGAAAUUCAGGAAUUAGCUCCCACGAAAGUUUCAUGUCACACGUAUCUCUUUUUUCAUCAGGUCACAGGAGAGGCUGGCUACGUAGCUUACAAGACAUGCACUCCAAUCUUUGAUCAACUCCUGCGAGACAAAUUUGACAGCAAACACUCAGAGCUGCGAAUCAUUGAUGCGGGAGCUGGGACAGGGAUUGUGGGGAAGGUCCUACAGGAUCUCGGCUACACCAACAUCGACGCCCUCGACAUCUCGCAGAAAAUGUUAGACGAAGCAAAGAAGUUGAAUGUAUACAAGAAUUUCUUUUGUGCGCCGCUUAGUGAGGAGCCUGUAGCGGAAAUCGCAAAUGAUCAGUACGAUGCUCUGAUCUGUAUUGGUACCCUUACAGUUGGUCACGUUAAGCCACGUGCUUUCGAUGAGAUUUUGCGCAUUGUGAAACCUGGUAAGGAGCUAAGGGUCUGUUUAUAUAAGGUGAGCCAGCCCCACUGGCAGGGCUGGCCCGCUUUCGAUACGGUCUAGUUCGGCUCAUGCUUUGUUUCCUCUUAACUGUUUUCGUUGUGCUUAUAUGAGAAGUGGGGCUGGCCGGCUUGGUCCGUCUGUUAAACUUUGUUCUACAUGCUACGAUAUAAUAACGUUUUCAUUUAUACAAUCAGCGUACAGGAAAUUUCACAGCACUGAGACGCAAUUGCCUUAGAUCAGAAAAGAUCAGCGAUUUUGCUGCUCCUUGAUAUUUCCGCGGCAUUUGAUACUGUGGAUCACUGUAUCUUGCUUUUACGCCUUUCUCGUCGAUUUGGAAUUAGUGGUACGGCAACCUACCUAAAACCAGUAACUACUUUGCAAAAACGAGUCGUCAGAAUAAUGACUUUUUCCGACCCUAGAUCACAUUCUGAGCCAUUGCUAAAGUCUCUCAGACUGCUAAAAUUCUCUGAUACAACUCAUCUCGUAACCAAAGAGGUAUAGUUUAGGGCUUGUUCCUCGAUGUUUUGCACGACAAACAGAAACUGGGGAGCCCAUAGCUGUACCCUGUAACUGCUUGCAGUGUUUGCCGUUGUACUGAAAGUGAGUCGAAGUCAAACAGAGGUUGAGUAGGUCCAUAAUGUCGUCUGUAGGUAGUAGUAGUUCAACAGUAGAGUUCUCAAUAGCGUUCUCAGUUCAGUCUAGAGCCAGUUGAAGUGGAAUACUGGUGAACAGUGAUUUCACGUCAAAGGACACUAGUUUGUGGUCGUCCGGUAUUUGUGUUGUCUACUACUAUCCGGACUUUGACGAGACAAAAGCAACUAGUUUUCCACUCACCUGACAGCCUACAAGACGAGACUGAUUAUCUUAACAACGUUUUUAGUAAGACCAAUUACAAUACGGACUUUGUUAGACGGAACACUCACAGUGAUAUUGAUUCCAACCCUCAGACCAACGUCAACUCUGGCCCUGUUACGACAGCGACUAUACCGUACAUCAGAGGCACCUCUGAAACUACGCAUAUUAAAACCUCACAAUAUACGUGUUGCACACAAACCGAUUACACUUUACGACGACUGCUUACUAAUGUCAAGGACAAAGACAAACCGGAGAACAGACAGGGAGCAGUAUACAAGAUCAAAUGCUGCGACUGCCAGGCUUCCUACAUUGGUGAAACCGGCAGAAACCUUAGCACGCGACUGAACGAACACCAAUGAGCGACGAGGAAUAGUGACGUCAGCAAUCACAUUGCUGAGCGCCAUUUACAAACGAAACAUCAAAUUGACUGGGAUUCUGCGACAUGUAUAACGUAUUCUACAGACUACUAUCAACGUCUUACUUUAGAAAGCUGGUUUACUAACUUAGAAUAAACGCCACUGAAUCGUAGCCAACAGUUACCAGCGCCGUACAAACGACUUAUUUACGAAACCAAGCAAAACUAACUACGAGAGAGCGACUGGAGAACUGACAAUUUGACUAAUGGCAAUAGACGACUGUUUAACUGUGACAAUAGACGGAUCGAAACGCACCAAUUACUAAUUACGAGUCUUCAUAGCCAAUAACAUCACGGCUUAACUGACGGACGACCAAUAUUGACCAAUCAGAUCAGCAACCAGAGUAUAAUACAAUCAACUGACGUGAUACGACUCACUUUAACUCUAAAGAGCGUUAUGUAACGUUCGAGACGACAUCCCUUAAUGAUAUGGAAUUGUGCAAGUGUGGGUUGGAAACCUGUGUAUUUGUCACAUAUUCAUGUUUGUGAUGAGAGAGUGCUGGCUUCACCAAGAGCGGGUAACUGAUUGGAGUUCUUUCGACCAAUGUUUGAGUAUAGUUCCUCAGGUGACGGCAAUGUGAAAAUCGGCAUUCUAUUAUCUCCGUAAAAUUAGGCUCAGGCAUUCGUAAACAUCUCCCCUUUGAUGGAGCCCAGCUUCUUGUUUAAGCGCUUGUUACAGCAAAGAUUGACUAUUGUAAUUCGUUACUAUAUGGUUUACCUACAAAACGUGAUUAAACAGCUCCAACGGGUGCAGAACGUAGCUGCUUGUGUUGUUACUCUUUCGCCCAAGUUCUGUCAUAUUACCCCUGUUCUUGGGAAUCUCCACUGGCUUCCGAUUAAUCUUCGGAAUGGGAUUGAAUUUAAAAUACUUACUGUUACUUACAAGACUCUCCAUGGACUUGCUCGUACUUAUAUUAAAGAUCUUCUUCCAAGUUGCCUCCCGGCAGGGGAUCUUAUGUCUUCAAAGAAAAAUCUGCUUGCCGUACGUGCUUUUAACAUAACAGUUAUGGCCGUCGUGCUUUUUCUGUUUUUGCCCCGCUUCUUUGGACUAGUCUUCCUCAGCAUAUUAGGGAUGCUGGAUCACUGGACAUUUUUAAAAGACAGUUGAAAACUGUUCUUUUUUGUUGUUGUUGUUCUUUUCGUUCUUUUUUAAAUUGAUGACUUGACUGUGGUGCUUUUAUAUCUUAAAUAAUUUUUGUAGUUUUUUUUGUAGUUUUUUAUUGCGGUUUUUAAAUUUUAACUUUUGCUGUAGUUUUAAAUUGUUUAAACUUAUAAAUAGCGCCUGUUGACCCUGGGAAAGGGCGCUUCAUAAAUGUCUCAUUAUUGUUAUUAUUAUUAUUGUUAUUAUUAUUAAUCCAAUCAGAAUGACGAGCGAUGUUUGUUCACUUUUAAGAAAAACAGUUUGUCCCAUCAAAUUCAGUGCGGUGCACUAGUAUCGCGCCAAGUAUAUCAUAGUGUUUGCAGCGCACUCGCUUCGCGGGUUGCUCAGUGGUCAUGUGAUAAAUUGCAUAUUAAAGGAGACAAAUGGAAGUGGGAAUAGGAGACCUUCUUAUACUUCAUCGUCCAAAAAGAAAAGUUGUACAGAGCCUGCAAGACAACUGUAUCAGUCCUUGCCUUCCUUACAAUUUUUACUAAUUGUUCUCGAAAGUUAGUUAGCCUGCGUAGCGGCAAAUUUUAUGACUUCGGCGUUUUGGAAAGGUUAAAAAUAACAGGCUGGUAGAGUGAAGAAUGCCUCGCUCCAUGCAAGGUAAUCCAAGGCAGUCUUGGAUUCUGAAUUCAAAGCCGAUGGCUUCCGGAUUCCAUGCACUGGAUUCUGGAUACCUUGUCAACGAUUUCUGAUACGUCGACAAUUUGUAUCAAAAUAUUGUACGCGCGCACUUUCCAUGAUUUUUUCUUAAUUUUCGUUUUUAAACGCAAUUUCUUUGAUACGAAGGCUUUUUACUUGGCCUAAUUCUUGUCGUCAAAGGCGGACUCAAAACUAACCGAUAUUUCUCUGUCUUUUUGGUUUUAGGUGGUAUUAUUGGGUUCACUCUUCGAAAAGACGUCUACAACGAGACUGUUGAACACGCUGUUUUCAAAGAAACAACCAAGUUUGGCUACCGCGAAAAAAUGGAUGAGAUAGAAAACGAAAAGAGAUGGAAGCUUCUACGAUGUGACUUGAUAGAUUAUCAUACUUCGAUGGAUGAAUUGCGAGCAAAGUGUUACUCGUUAAUGUACCAAGUUCUAUGA